AUGGCCGACGACCAUAGCCUCAAGACAAGCCAUAUGGCCAUCGUCUUGGGUAUUGGGCUCGGCGUUGUACUGCUGAUCGUGUUAAGCUUGGUUCUUACUAUUGUCAUCAACCGGCGUGAUCGCCGAUCAUUCCUCAAGUCGCGGAAGAACCCCGACGAGCGACUAGCUAGUCUGGACGCUGUAUCGCCUAUUCGUACAUUAGAACAGUGGUGGAUCACUACGAAAGGCAAAAUGGGUCUUUCAGAGGCUUUGGACAGCCAGUUCGUAUGUGUUGCUGAUAAAGAUUUGUAG